AUGGGUGCUAGUUGUCAUGACCAAAAAAGAGCAGUUGCCAUCUGCUUGCAAAGGUCACCAUGUGUGAUGAUUCAAAGAAAUACCCCACAGAAAUGUAUCGAAGAUCCAGCUCUUUCUAAGGACCUUCCUGAACUAUGCUUAGCACAAAUGAAAGCUUUCUUGGAUUGUAAACGAGGUAUGGUAGAUAUGACUAAGAGGUUUACUGGUAACGCAACUUUAUCUACUGGUAAAUAUGACGAACAAUAUGAUAAGCUAUGUAAAGGGGAUUUUGAUCCAAGAGAUGAACUACAUAAAUUGGAACUAUUGAAUAGCCAACGCAAGGAAUAG